GGGAAGAGAGAAAAGGAAAACUGAAAAGCAAAAGCUGCAUCGUCUCCACACGCCUUGGAUUUCCUAUUGGCAUCUCUCUCUUUCUUUCUCUCUCUCUCUUCUUCUUCUUCCAUUGGGCGGAGAUCGAGCGCAUUCCCUCUCCAUCUCUCCAAAUCUCCCAACAUCUGUGCUGUUUGGCCUUCGAUUUGGCACUUUCUUGGGACUCUCCGAAGAUCUCCGACGAUUAUUCGUUGUCGCCUCAGUCUUCGGUUUUUUUGGGUUGUGGCGGCAAGUUUGGUAGGGUUUAGACGUUCCCGUUGCAGAACUAGAUCCGUCAGACAGGUGAGCGACUUCACCGGGUGUUUGAACUGGCAAAGAGGUAAGUUUAAGUACUUCUUUUCGGUUUGUAGUUCGUGGACGGUUUGUUGUUGUUGGGACGAUCGGAAUCCGCAAGUAGAUCCUGUUGAGAUUCUUCAGAUUUUGCAUGUGUAUGUGUUUUGAAGUCCGGGAUCAGUUGAAGAAGUUAAAUUUAGAACUAGUAGAGUUAUUCGGUUAUGAAAUUAUGGGGCUUGGUCUGAUUUCUUUUGAAGAGGCUUGGGUUUAAUCUCUGUGAAAGUGAUUGCUGGUUCAAAGUCUUCGAAUUGGAUAUUGUCAGUGCCGAUUGAUCAGUGACGAGCAUUACAGUCUGUUUCGCAAAUUAUGGUCCCCUCCAUUAAGUUUCUUAGAUAAGUCGUGGGACCUUGUUAAAGUUUGAUUUCCCUUUUGGAGAAGAAAAGUUAGCUUUUUGAUUUCUCUGAUCUUUAUCCUGUUGUGCCUGGCGAAGCUCAUUCACGCAACCCUCCACGGCAAAUGUCACAGAAAACUCGGGCAUCGCCUUCACUUCAAUCGAUCAAGUCAUUGCCUGUGGACUUCAGGAUUUUGGGUUUGGGCUCUUAUCCUUCUGAGAACUCUGAUUCUGCCAAUACGAGCAAUGGUAGUAUGAUCCUCAAUGCCAUUCCUGAGAAUGGUGAUCUAGCAGUUGGUCGUGGCCAGGAUAUUGGUAGUGAUAUGGAUCAGGAUAAUGAUGAAUCACCGUAUAAUAGAUUUGAUGUAUCUGCUGAGGUGAGGCCUUCUGUAGAUGAUGAGGACCGGGAUUUGGCACCAUCUCCUUUGCGUUCCUUUGUCCCAUCCCGAACUGAUUCCAAGUGGAGUGACACCAAUGCAUAUGCUGCAAAGAAGAAGCUCCAAUCUUGGUUGCAACUUCCUGAUGGGAACUGGGAGCUGGGAAAGAUACUGUCAACUUCAGGAGCAGAAUAUGUUUUAUCACUGUCUGAAGGAAAAGUAUUAAAGGUAAAUUCUGAAAAUCUGUUACCAGCAAAUCCUGAUAUUUUGGAUGGUGUUGAUGAUCUGAUGCAACUAAGUUAUCUGAAUGAACCCUCAGUAUUAUACAAUCUUCAGUAUAGAUAUGAUCGAGAUGUUAUUUAUACAAAAGCAGGACCGGUGUUGGUUGCCAUUAAUCCCUUCAAGAAAGUGCCUUUGUAUGGAAAUGAUUAUAUUGAAGCAUAUAAGCGCAAGUCUACAGAGAGCCCGCAUGUUUAUGCAAUCACAGAUACAGCCAUCCGGGAAAUGAUACGAGAUGAAGUAAAUCAAUCCAUCAUCAUAAGUGGUGAAAGUGGAGCAGGAAAGACUGAGACAGCAAAGAUAGCAAUGCAAUAUUUGGCUGCUCUUGGAGGUGGUAGUGGAAUAGAACACGAAAUAUUGAAAACUAAUCCAAUUUUAGAGGCCUUUGGUAAUGCCAAAACGUCAAGAAACGACAAUUCAAGUCGUUUUGGAAAGCUGAUUGAAAUUCACUUCAGUGAAACUGGAAAAAUAUCGGGUGCUAAGAUUCAAACCUUUUUACUUGAGAAGUCUAGAGUUGUCCAAUGCACUGAGGGAGAAAGGUCGUAUCAUAUAUUUUAUCAACUUUGUGCUGGAGCUCCAUCUCUUCUUAGAGAGAAGUUGAAUUUGAAAACUGCAAAUGAAUAUAAAUAUUUGAGGCAAAGCGAUUGCUACUCAAUUUCUGGGGUUGAUGAUGCUGAGCAGUUUCGCAUUGUGAUGGAAGCUUUGGAUGUUGUUCAUGUUAGUAGAGAGGAUCAAGAAAGUGUACUAGCAAUGCUUGCUGCAGUGUUAUGGUUGGGAAAUGUCUCCUUUGCAGUGAUUGAUAAUGAAAACCAUGUUGAACCUGUGGCUGAUGAAGGUCUAAUCACUGUUGCUAAGUUGAUUGGUUGUACUGAUGUGGAGCUAAAGCAAGCUUUAUCAACUCAUAAAAUGAGAGUUGGAAAUGAUAAUAUUAUUCAGAAGCUUACCCUGUCUCAGGCUAUAGAUGCAAGAGAUGCUUUGGCAAAAUCAAUAUAUUCUUGUUUGUUUGACUGGUUAGUUGAACAAAUUAACAAGUCACUUGCAGUAGGCAAACGUCGUACUGGAAGAUCCAUCAGCAUUCUUGAUAUCUAUGGAUUUGAAUCAUUUGAUAGAAACAGUUUUGAGCAGUUUUGCAUAAACUAUGCAAAUGAGAGACUGCAACAACACUUUAAUCGGCACUUAUUCAAGUUAGAGCAGGAGGAAUACAUUCAAGAUGGCAUUGAUUGGGCAAAAGUUGAUUUUGAAGACAACCAAGAUUGUUUGAAUCUUUUUGAGAAGAAACCAUUAGGGUUGUUGUCUCUGUUAGACGAAGAGUCCACCUUCCCAAAUGGUACAGAUUUGACAUUUGCCAACAAGCUCAAGCAGCAUCUGAAUUCUAAUUCCUGUUUCAGAGGAGAACGGGGCAAAGCUUUUAGUGUCUGUCAUUAUGCAGGGGAGGUUAUGUAUGACACAACUGGGUUUCUGGAGAAAAACCGGGACUUAUUACACUUGGACUCCAUUGAACUUUUGUCUUCUUGCACCUGCCAACUUCCUCAGAUAUUUGCUUCCAAUUUGGCUGCCCAAUCAGAGAAGCCUGUUAUUGGUGCAUUAUAUAAAUCAGGUGGAGCUGAUUCACAAAAGCUAAGUGUUGCAACAAAAUUUAAGAGUCAAUUAUUCCAACUAAUGAAACGUUUAGAGAGUACAACACCACAUUUCAUACGUUGUAUCAAGCCCAAUAACUUUCAAUCCCCUGGAAAAUAUGAGCAAGGACUUGUCCUUCAGCAGCUGAAAUGCUGUGGCGUCCUAGAAGUUGUUCGAAUAUCAAGAUCCGGUUUCCCCACCAGGAUGUCUCAUCAGAAGUUCUCGAGAAGGUAUGGUUUUCUUUUGCUGGACAAUGUUGCAUCACUAGAUCCACUCGGUGUUUCAGUUGCCAUUCUUCAUCAGUUCAAUAUUCUGCCUGAGAUGUAUCAAGUUGGCUACACAAAACUGUUCUUCCGCACUGGCCAGAUUGGCGUACUGGAGGAUACAAGAAAUCGUACUCUCCAUGGCAUCUUACGUGUUCAAAGUUGUUUUAGAGGUUACCAAGCUCGCUGUUACUUAAAGGAACUGAGGAGGGGAAUUGCCACCCUUCAAUCAUUUGUACGGGGUGAGAAAACCAGGAAGGAAUUCACAGCCCUGUUAAAGAGGCAUAGAGCUGCUGCAAUCAUACAAAAGCAUGUGAAGGGAAAGAUUGAAAGGAAAAGAUUUGUGGAUGUUUGUCAUGCGAGUGUUAUAAUACAAUCAGUUAUUCGUGGCUGGUUAGUCAGGAGGUGCUCUGGAGACAUAGGAUUACUGCAAUUUGGAUGCAGAAAGGGUAACGAGUCAGAUGAGGUUUUGGUGAAGUCAUCAUUCCUUGCGGAGUUACAGCGCCGAGUUCUUAAAGCUGAGGCUGCUCUGAGGGAGAAGGAAGAGGAGAAUGACAUCCUCCAUCAACGCCUCCAACAGUACGAGAGCCGAUGGUCUGAGUACGAGUUGAAGAUGAAAUCCAUGGAAGAAAUCUGGCAGAAACAAAUGAGAUCGCUCCAAUCCAGCCUUUCUAUUGCCAAAAGGAGCUUGGCUGUUAAUGACUCCGAGAGGAACUCUGAUGCGUCAGUUAACGAUGACAGCUGGGACACCGGAAGCAAUUUCAAGGUCUCCGAAAACAAUGGGCUGAGACCAAUGAGUGCCGGCCUGAGUGUCAUAGGUCGGCUGACCGAAGAAUUUGAACAGAGGAGCCAAGUGUUUGGCGACGAUGCAAAGUUCUUGGUGGAGGUCAAGUCGGGUCAGGUCGAGGCAAGCUUGAAUCCUGAUCGUGAGCUUAGAAGGUUAAAACAGAUGUUCGAAGGGUGGAAGAAGGAUUACGGGGCAAGACUGCGUGAAACAAAGGUGAUUCUAAACAAGCUUGGAACUGAAGAAGGGGCAAGCGAGAAGGUGAGAAAGAAGUGGUGGGGAAGAAGGAAUAGCACAAGGAUAAACUGAAAAAUGAAAUGGGUAUCAGUAUCAGUUAUAAGUAUUAAUAUCAGUAUCAGUAUCAAUCCAUACUGCUGGGUUCCCGGCAAUUGUGUUAAAUUCAUAUACAAUAUUAAAAGGGUGAUUGCAGAAGCCUGGUGAGAUUCAUUCAACAUAUGUAUAUUUUUUUUGUUUUCUUUUUUGGGUUUUGUUUUGUUUUUCUUCAAUGAUAUUGAUGUGGCAGUAGUUCUAUUUUAUGUAUGACUGACUAUUCUCUGGCUACCAAUGCCAGUCAAGUCUGUAAGAGAUAAUGGCAAUUUAUUGUGCAGAAAAAAAAUCAUCAUGAUAUGAUAUCAAUCGGUCAAUGAUACUACUGCUGGUUUUGCUUUUGCA